UCAGACUGGCGCGAAAAACGCAGAGCGUGGCUCUUAAUUGUGGGGCGGAUCUGGCCUCUGUUGUCCUCAGUCUCGGUGCUUUUGUCUCUUGACUCUUGUCUCCUGGUUUUUUUUUUUUUUUUUAUUCGCCUAACCCCUGAAAACAAGUGUCUAUACUGCAGUCUCGUCGGUGCAUGCGGUGCCAAACCAGGACACUUUCAGCUCCGUGCGCACUGCUGCUGCUGCCGGCUGCAGAGGGGGCUUCAAUGUCCUGAAUUUCACACUUGGAAGUCCGCAGAAAAAAAGCCAUCCUUUUGGGGUCAUUUGCUCAAACUGGUGGAUUUAAAGAGCCUGAAGAUGGAGUUUGAUUACCACCAGCCCUAUUUUUUCGAUGAUUUCGACACGGAGGAGGAUUUUUACAAGUCGACCGCUCCCAGCGAGGACAUAUGGAAGAAGUUCGAGCUGUUGCCGACCCCUCCCAUGUCCCCGACCCGGACUCCGCUGCAGCUGUCCCCGGGAGACACGCUCAGCUGGCUCUCCAAGAUGCUGGGCCAGGACGAGGAGUAUGAGGCGCACUUCGUCCCUGACACGCAGGAACUAUUCGGCAACCUCAACGCCCACAUCAUCCAGGACUGCAUGUGGAGUAGUUUCUCCGCCAACAAGCAGCUGGAGAAGGUCGGGGGGGGGAGGCUGCUGCCCUCACUGCGACCCGCCAAGGCGCAGUGCGCACCGCCGGCAGCCGGCCUGCUCUCCGCCGCCGCGGCGGACUGCGUGGACCCGGCGGCCGUGCUCUCCAUCCCCUCCAACAUCCCCAACAACAUCCCCACCAACAUCCCCAGAAAGUCGGCCUCGUCUGGCUCCGAGUCUCGCUCUGAUUCCUCUGAUGAGGAUGAUGAUGAAGAGGAAAUCGAUGUGGUGACCGUGGAGAGCAAUCAGAGCCGGAUGCGACUGGUAAAUGUCAGAAAACCAGUCACCAUCAGGGUCCGGGCAGACCCCUGCCCCAAACGCUUCCACAUGUCCGUCCACCGGCAGCAGCACAACUAUGCCGCUCCCUCACCAGACAGCGACGCCGAAGCCGAGGAGGAGGAAGAUGAGGAUGAUGAGGAGGAUGAUGACGAAGACGAAGACGACGACGACGAUGAUUCCGAUGAAGAGCCUCCGAGCAAGCGCUCCUGCACAUCCGCCCGCCAGCAGUCUGGCUUUUCGGCCUGCACCUCUGAGCCGGCAUCCCCGUCGGAUAAUUCCCAAAACUCGGACGUGGAGGACACGGACCGCCGGCGGAACCACAACUUCCUCGAACGGAAGAGGAGGAAUGACCUCAGAUCUCGUUUCCUCGCUUUGCGGGACGAGAUCCCCGGCCUGGAGUCCUCCAAGACUCCCAAGGUGGUCAUCUUGACCCAGGCGACUGAGUACCUCGGAGAGCUGCACACCAGGGAGAAGCGACAGCUUCAGGAGAAGAAGCGCCUCAGGUCCAAGCAGCAGCAGCUUCUCCGCAGGCUGUCCGAACUCAAGCGCUCUUGAGAUUCAAGUGUGCAACAGAAAUAAACUGCCUUAUUCACAGACAAAACCUUUACCCUCAAAUUACUCUCAAGAUGGAUUACAAAAGCUACCCUUUUAUAAUCCAACAUGCCUCAUGUAAAUAACUGUGAAUUGUUUUUUUUUUUUUUUUUUUUUAAUAAAAUCAUACGGCUGUGGGCUUCCCUGUGAAUUGUGCUGCCCUGUGAGCCUGUUAUGGGGAGGAGCAGUUAGAUCUGUGCUUUUUUUUUUUUUUUUCCUGUUUUCUGCACAGUUAUUUUUUAGUUGUAAACGAGGGAGUUAAUGAAUUUUUUUUUCUCUUGUCAGGCAAAAUUUCCUGUAUAUCUGUGACGUCAUUGCUUGUUUAUAUUUUACCAGUGUGACAGAGUGCAUUAGCAGCUGUUAGGAUGAGUGGGGAAUUUGGUUUGCAUACCUUCAUUUCAUGAUUGCACAUGGAGUGUGUGUGUGAAUGCCUUUCUGUAUAUAUGAAUCAAUAUGCCUGCAUCUGGUUUGUUUGAUUACUCUGAUGUACAAAUCACUCUGUAAAUAAUAGCUUAUUGCUCCUGGUGAGGAAGAUUGAAGAGAGAAUUGUAACAGAGCUUUGCUCUCCUGUGCUCCCAGACUUCUAUUUUGUUAAGAAAGUAGGAAAAAAAAAAUGGACAAAAAGUGGAAAAUUAGCACUGCUGUACUUUAUAUUCACAUGUCACUUUCUAAUUUCAAUGCUUCUUUGAUAUUGGUUGUGUUUUGUUCUUUUGUAAAGCAUGCUAACAUCAACAGCAUCAUUAAAUUUUUAUACCUUA